AUGUAAUAAGUGACUCCUGCAUAUGUGAAAUCGUUAACAGGACCUACUGCUAAGUAGAUAGAUAUAACAAUUUAGUUUUCUAUGUCCAGUAAGUGCUAAUAUUUACAACAUUUAAUUUUUGAAAUUUAGAAUUCGUGAUAUGGAUUCAGGUUAAGUUUUAUUUGAAGUAGAAAGAGAUCCAGAUGAAUAACCAAUAGGUAUAUAAAUUAAUUAAAAUAUAAGAAANGUUUAUAGUGUUUUAUCAAGCACUUUUUGGACUUCAAUUAUUAUUCAUAGUUUGUAUCAUUCUUUAAGAGAGAGUGAAACAAAUUAUUAUAUGCAGUCAUAUUAUCCUGGAUUAGGCUAUGGAAUACCUCUGAUAAUAUCAAUAAUGUAUGUAUUGUUAGUGAAAAAGACCAAUAAUUAUUGAUGCAUAUGGUUAAUACUAUCCAAUGCCAUAAACAAAUUGUUUCUUUGAUAUCAAUAAUGAAAAUAUGGAACUAUAUAUAAUGAUAUUUUUUGAUAUCCCUAUAUGGACAAUGUUUCUAUAUAACAUAAUAGUAAUCAUUCUUGUGAUUAGAAUUAUCAAUAAAAAUAACAUUGUAAAUCAAUCUUUGUAUACCUUAUUUAUGUAUCCUGGAAUUUUGGUAAUUUGUUGGAUAAUUGUAUAAUAUAAUAUAAUUUUUAGCCUGGCUUUGUGAAUCUUAUUGGAGUUAAAUCAGUAAUAUGGAAAAGCAUUGAUUUUGGAUUGGGAAGUUUAAUUGGUUUUUUUGAUUCAUAUUGGUAUUGUUACACAGCAUUAGCAGAUAGAUUAUUUUACGAAAAUGGAGAAUUUGUAAUACGUAUUAAAGAUAAUACAGAAGAAUAAGAAUUACCUAAAAUUUGA